UCCAAACACUAUGAAAUGGAGAUCACCUCUAUCUUCUUCUCUCUUUCCUCUUCGUAGUUCCAAUCUCCAUUCCCGCAUCUCCACCUCCACCUCCACCUCCAAACCUCUAAUCAAUCCUCACUCUGAUGUAUUCUCCGCCAACUGCCUCGCUGAUUCUCACCUCAAGCGUGGCCGCAUCGAAGAUGCACUUCAUAUACUUGAUGAAAUUCCCCAACCAAACCUCGUCUCUUGGAACCUUGCAAUUUCAUGCCACAACCACGCUUCUCAGUUUGAUAGAUCUCUGGCAACCUUCCGAGACUUGCGCUCUCUUGGUUUCCAGCCGAAUCAGUUCACCUACGGGAGUGUGCUGUCAGCUUGUGUGGCUUCUCAAAGGAUUGAUUUUAGUGAGCAGUUGUAUUCUCUUGUUCUUAAAAAUGGGUUCUUUCUCAAUGGUUAUGUGCUUACUGGGUUGGUAGAUUUGUUUGCGAAGACUGGAAGGUUUGGUGAUGCUUUGAAGUUGUUCUCGGAGGUUGAUACUGAGAAUGUGGUCUGUUGGAAUGCUCUUAUUGCUGGGGGUGUCAGAAAUGGUGAGAAUUUAGUUGCUUUGGAGCUUUUUCUUGAGAUGGUGGAUGGGUUUUGUAUGCCGAAUGGCUUUACUUUUUCGAGUGUGUUGAAUGCCUGUGCAGCAGUUAGGGAAUUUGAGAUGGGUAGAGGUAUUCAUGCUUGGGCGGUUAAAUGUAAUGCUGGAGAUGAUGUAUUUGUUGGGACUGCUAUUGUUGACUUGUAUGCGAAAUGCGGUGAUAUGUAUGCGGCUGUGAAGGAGUUCUCUAAGAUGCCAUUUCGGAAUGUGGUUUCUUGGACAGCUAUUAUUUCAGGGUUUUCUCAAAAGGAGGAUGCUCUUCAUGCAAUUCAAUUCUUCAAGGAAAUGAUACACGCAAAGGUGGAAGUGAACAAUUUUACGAUAACAAGUGUGCUUGCUGCUUGCAGUAAACCUUUAAUAGUGAAUGCGGUUCACCACAUCCACUGUUGGGUGCUUAAAAAUGGGGUUUUUAUGGAUUUUGUGGUGAAAAAUGCUUUGAUUAGUGCAUAUGCGAAAACCGGGGAUGUUUGGAUGUCUGAAGAAGUGUUCAAGGAGGCAGGCGUCAUGGAAUCUCCUAAUACUUGGUCGGCUAUGAUAUCAGGUCUUGUGCAAAACAAUAGCUUUACAAAAUCAAUUGAACUGUUUCAAAAGAUGUUUCGUGAAGGCUUGAAUCCAGAUAAGUUUUGUAUUGCUAGCAUUUUAAGCGUUAUUGAUUCUACAGACUUGGGAAGACAGGUCCAUUCUUAUGUUGUUAAAGCUGGAUUAGUAUCCGAUCUUUUGGUGGGAUGUGCGCUUUUCACUGUGUACUCUAAAUUGGACAGCAUAGAUGAUAGUUAUGAGAUAUUCCUACAAAUGCCUGAAAGAGACACAGUUGCAUGGUCCUCCAUGAUAGCCGGUUUUGCAGAGCAUGGUCAUUCAGAAAAGGCACUUUUCUUGUUCAGGCAAAUGAUCCUUGAGAAAGUAAGAAUUGAUCAUGUAACCUUGUCUUCUGUUCUUACUGCAGCCUCUUUUCCCCAGUUCUUGACAAGGGGAAAGGAAAUUCAUGCGUAUGCUCUUCGCUUAGGACUAGCUCCUGAUUCUCUCAUUGGAGGUGCUCUUGUUAGCAUGUAUGCAAAAUGCAAAUCUCUAAUCUCUGCAAGGAGCAUCUUUGAUGGGACACUGCACAAGGAUCAAGUACUGUGGUCCUCCAUGAUUUCAGCGUAUGUAUCAAAUAAUUUAAGUGAGGAAGCGUUCUUGGUUUUUAAUAGAAUGCUGAUUGCUGGUGGGGAGGUGGACCGUUUUACAUGUUCAUCAGUUCUUGGGUUGUGUGCAAACUUAUCAAAGCAAAGUUUGGGCAGACAAUUGCAUGCCCGUGUUAUCAGGGCUGGCAUUACUCAUUGUCUUUCAGUUAGUAGUGCUCUAGUGACAAUGUACUCAAAAUGCGGGAGCAUUGAUGAUUCUCGCAAAGUGUUUGAUGAGAUAGAAAGUCCAGACUUGAUCACAUGGACGGCAAUGAUGGAUGGUUAUGCUCAACAUGGAAGAGGUCUAGAAGCUCUGGAGAUCUUUAGCAUGAUGAAAGAGCAUGGCGUCAAACCUGAUUCUGUGGCUAUGGUUGGCGUUUUAUCUGCAUGUAGCCAUAAUGGCUUGGUGGAUGAAGGCUUUCUCCAUUUUAAAUCUAUGAGCAGAGAUUAUGGGAUUGAACCAGAGUUAUGCCAUUACGCCUGUAUUGUUGAUUUACUUGGACGAUCUGGUAGGCUUAAAGAGGCUGUAGAUUUUAUUCAUAAGAUGCCUGUUAAACCUGAUUCAUUAGUGUGGAGCACACUGCUUGGUGCUUGUAGAGUACAUGGUGAUGUUGAGCUGGGAAAAGUUGCGGCACAGAAGGUUCUUGAACUGGAGCCUACUGAUUCUGGGGCUUAUAUUUCUUUGUCAAACAUGUCUGCAGAUGUGGGAAAUUGGGAGGAGGUUGUUAGGCUCAGAAGUUCAAUGGAGGGGGUUGGUCUGAAGAAGGAAUAUGGCUGGAGUGUAGUGUGAAAACUGAAGGUCCGUUCUUUGCACUAGUUAAUUGCCCAAACUAUAAUGGGAUAUAUGCUUCAGAAUGGCCUCAAUUCUGGUCAUUUUUGUCGAUUGAUACUGAAAGAAUUAAGAAAAUGACUGCACCAGGUAAAAAUGAAGAAUUUGAAUGUAACUUACAAGUACCUGACAUUAAUUUAAUUCAUGAAAUAAGGAAAACACGUUGGACGUGAUGCUUAUCAAAACCAACAUCAUGUAAGAUUGUUGUAAAAUGUGGAGAAUAAAGACUUAUGCUUCCUUA